CGUCCCUCGGCUUUACGUGAGGACGCCCUACGGCGACCGAAGAGAGAAAUGUGGGCGCGGGCGGUGAGGUUUGGCCUUCGGUCCUGGGUGGCCUGGCGCCGGGGUUUCACCUCCAAGGCAGAUCCUCAGGGUAACGGCCGGGUCUCGGCCCAGGUGAUCGAGCACCUGGAGCGUCUGGCGCUUGUGGACUUUGGCAGCCAAGAGGCCGUGGCACGGCUGGAGAAAGCCAUCGCCUUUGCCGACCGGCUCCGCGCCGUGGACACGGGUGGGGUGGAGCCCAUGGAAUCUGUACUGGAGGACAGAUGUCUGUAUUUGAGAUCUGACAAUGUGGUAGAAGGCAACUGUGCUGAAGAACUACUACAAAAUGCCCAUCGAGUUGUGGAGGAAUAUUUUGUGGCACCCCCAGAUAGAUGUGUUUUCCAAACUGCUGGACCCUUCUGGAUAUUUGGGAAUGGGACUAGCUUGAGCACUCAGGUAAUAUCUCUUUGCCAGAGCAGGAUGAGCAAGAGCCUUUUUCAUACAACUGAGUAGCUAUUUUGGGAAGGGGUACCCUGUGAACAUGUGAAAGCCCAAAGAUAGUAUUUUUAUUACUGUGAACAGGAAUAUGCCCACUUUCUUCAGUCACCUGAAAAAAACUGUUAAGUAUUUUUUAAUAACUAACUCUCUGAAGACAGAAUUGGGAAAUAUCUAGCCAAAACAAGGCAAUGAGUUCCUGCUGCUACUGGAUGUAAGAGGUAUUGUUACUUUCCGAGGAAAUGGAUCAAGUAUUUUAUUCACAGACUGUUCAGUGUGUAAGAUGUUUUCCUUCUUUAUCUCUUCCCAAACAGACUACCAAACUGCACUUAAAUGAAUUUUUCUAUUGAUGUAACUAUAGACAAUGCAUCUGA